AUGGAUGACAUGCACGCGCCGACUGUCUCUUCGGGGCCUACGUCAUCAGGCUACUCGAAUGGCAUUCCGAAAGAGCAGCUGACGCUCCAGGAGCUCAUGGCGGAAAAGGAUCGAGUAGAGGCAGAGUUGAAGGCAUUAGGGCAGGUGCUGGAUUCGCAUGGCGUGCGCAUGAGUACCGGCCUGACGACCCUUGACGGCUUCCCUCGCAGUGACAUCGACGUCCCUCAGAUACGAACGACGCGCGCGCGCAUCAUCCGGCUCAAGAAUGACUACAAGGACCUCAUGUCGCGCAUCGAGAAGGGUCUCCACGAGCACCACGCCCGACUACAGGAGCAGGCGAGUGCUCCUGCGACGACCAACGGAGCACAGGCAGAGCUCAGCGCCCCGCCCGCCGCCAUCGAGGCGCCUUUCGCAAAGGUCAACAGCGUCGUGGCAGACAGCCCGGCAGCCACAGCGGGCCUGCAGGUGGGCGACACGAUAACCAAGUUUGGCUGGGUGGACUGGACAAACCACGAGAGGCUGUCGCGCGUGGCAGAGGCAGUAUCGCAGAACGAAGGGAUUCCCAUUGCCGUCAAGGCGCUGCGAGCCAACCCAUCGGGCGGCCCGGCAGAGACGGUCCAGAUGCAACUCACACCACGGAGGAACUGGGGCGGAAGAGGGCUAUUGGGCUGCCAUCUGCUGCCCAUGUAG